GUGCAGUGCUGCUCAGAGCCCGCCAGCCACGGUCUCCGGCGCCAGCUACGCCGCUGCCGCUGUCACUAUGGCCCAUUACAAAGCCGCCGACUCGAAGCGCGAGCAGUUCCGGAGGUACUUGGAGAAGUCAGGAGUGCUGGACACGCUGACCAAGGUAUUGGUAGCCUUAUAUGAAGAACCAGAGAAACCUAAUAGUGCUUUGGAUUUUUUAAAGCAUCACUUAGGAGCUGCUACCCCAGAAAAUCCAGAAAUAGAGCUGCUUCGCCUAGAAUUGGCAGAAAUGAAAGAGAAAUAUGAAGCUAUUGUAGAAGAAAAUAAAAAACUGAAAACAAAGCUUGCUCAGUAUGAACCACCUCAGGAGGAGAAGCGUGCUGAAUAGGAUUCUUCUCAGUUGAAAAGACACUGAAAAAUGUUUUGUAAGACUUGAAUAGUUUGUAUAGUAUAUAAUCUUUUCUGAACAGAUGCUAUAGAACUCUUUUAUAUAUAUGUUAAAUUCACCCAUCACACUUUAACUGUUAUAAACACAUAUUCUUAGAAUCACCAAUAAAAACUCAAUAUAACGUUCUUUGGGUCUUAAAGGCAGGAGAAUCUAAAGUGAAUCCUGAAAAAAAUCUAAACAUAGCCAUUAACUCAUUACCUUAAAAGACAUUCUGUUUACUAGUCUGACUAGGAAUGAUGGUACUGGUUGUAUUUUAGCUGAGGAAGGUUAGCAUGGAGCUGUUCCUUGGUUUAGUUCAGGGUAUGAGCACAGGUACAGUCAUUCUUUAAAAUGAAGAUGACACUUUAUAUUCUCCAUAGGCAGCUGGAGAGGUCUGUGUGACAUGAAAUGCUUUUGCAUGGGUUCCCGUGAACCUUUUGCUCAUUUAUAUAACUUGGGACAAAUAACUCUUCUUUGCCACCACUUUGCCUUAGAUAACUGGGUGUGUGCCGGUCUGACCUCUGACACCACUUUUCCUUCUAUGCAUUCAUGCCCUAUUUGAUAAUGUUGCCUUGCUUGCAUUGUGCUUCAGUGGGUCCUACUUGCACAUUGGCCUUUCUGUGUCGAUUUUCAAUUUGCUAUAACAGCAGUUACCCUGUUGUAACUUAUAUAACUUUAAACAGGAUCACACUGUUCCCCUGCCUUACUUAGUUGCUCAGUUGAGCACAGAGGCAAUAUAAAAUUCUGGGUUCAUGCACAAGCUGGGAUGAGAAGGGGAAUGAGCCAUAUAUUGUGGAAAAUUAUAGUUUGUGGGUAUAAUUAUAUAGUGCUUCUUUCUCUCAAAGUAUUUUUCUAGCCUUGAAUUCAUUUUAUCUUCAUUAUCCCUGUGAAGUAGGUAGGGCAAGUAUGAGGGGAGGCUGGGUGCUGAAUUUUUAGGCCAAAGACUGGUAUUAAUACAAAUCAUUUACUAACUAUAGAACCUUGGGCACAUCAAUUAACUGUGACUCCUUGCCUCAUCUGUUAAAUGAGAAUAGUAUGUGUGCUACCUACCUCACAGGGUUGUUGUGAGGGUCAAAUGGAAUAUAUGUGAAAGAUUUGUAAAUGGUAAAGCACUA